UGUACUAUAAACAUUUAAAUCUCUGACGUGACUCACAUGGACUCCAGCGGACUUCAGCUCGGAAAGAAACUUGUGAUGGAAACACCAUUGUUAUCUGUCACCUGCAUGGCUACAUGGUUAUAUUGUUCUUGAGAUUAUCUCUGUGUCAGCAGGUAACUCAAAGUACAACUUGUAAGAUAUCUGUAAGAAGAUGCCUUAUCGUUUGAAAGUUACUGUGGAAGAAAUGAGGGAGGAAUUGGCUAAAUUAGGCUUCACAGAAGUGGCAACUGAAACUAUCAAAGAUCUACAGAAGGAUCUGUAGAUAGUUCCACUUCCCAGACAGAAAAAAAUGGAGACAAGGAAACAGAAGAAAGUGGUUAUUCUGAUUUUGACAGUACAGCCUCAACUACUACAGAGUCACACAAAGAGAAGAGUGACUUCACUUCUGCCUGGCAUUCACUGGCUGACAGUGCUGCAGAAGUUGAACUGCCUAAUGGGAAAACAAUGAAAUCUGUCACUGACUCGCACAAAGCUCCCACAAAGUCAGGUACUGAUUUGCAUAUUACAUCAAAAAGGCCAAUAGGUGAUGCACCCAAAGAGCCAUCCGGGAGUCAGGUGAAGCAAAAUUUAGGGAGAAGAAAAGUUAGCAAGAUGGCAAGGGAUAAGGAUGGUUUACCAAUAUAUCCAAGUCGCCCUGAUCCAGUUAACCUAUAUCAUUUUUAUAAGGCUCAUUGGGAUAAGUUCAAAGUUCCUGGGGAAGAUCCUCGAUCAAAACUUCGUUGGGCUGUACGUACAAGACUGUUUUAUUCAAAAUAAAAUCCAUUUGAACUGACAGUAGGAGUUGUUGGGUAAACAAUUCUUAAAUGUAAAUACAGGUACUGUAUAAUAAUAAUAGGAAAUUUUUUAUAAAAAGAAUAACUGAACUCUUCAUUUUAAUGAAGUCAAAUCAAAAGGGAAUUUUUCCAGGAGGCUGCCAUGCUACUUUGUAAGGAUAGAGUCCUUUUUUAUUUUUACAAGUGUAGAGUUGUUAUUGAAAAUAUGAGAUUUUGGAUGUGUGAUAUGUUUUGGUGUCAUUGAAUUUUUGUAAAUAUUUUUAUGCAAUGACUUUUUUAGGGAUCAUCCUUGAAAUAAUGUAAAUAUGACAUGUAGGGUGAAAAGAUGGCAAAGACAAUGGACAUUUGUAAUUUAUGAGAUCUUGGUGUGAUACGUUAGUCAUUGAGUUGUAGUGUGAGAAGCAUUGGACAAUAAAAUUUUCCUCUCAGAAGCUUUGUAUAGUUGCCAGAUUAAAAUGUUCUGAUGGUAAGUAUAUCAGCUAAUGUAUGGAGUUAAAGUUUAAUUUGUUUGAGUUGGAAUAUUGGCAAUGGGGGUCAAUCAAUCAGUCAAAGUACCAUCCUCAAAUUUGAAGUUUGGCUACCACAGUCCUCCACUCUUAAGUGUUUUUGGACUGUUUUUAUCAAUCUUUCUGGGAACCCAGUUUUUAAUUUCAUUCAUCCAUUCUAGUCUGCUUUCCCCUGGCCCUCCUACCCUCAACUUUGACAAUUAAUAUUUCUACUCUCAUCCCCUCAUCCAUAAUUAUAUGACCAAGUAUAUAUAAUUUUUGUACUGUUUCGUGUUCAUCGAGGUCAUCCUCUAACAAAAAUGAAAAUCUGUUUUUAUUUCAAUUUCAUAUUCUAUCCUUGCCCCUAUUUUGAGCCUCUCUAAAUCCCAUUGAUUUUGUCCAUUUUUUCUUUUUAACUUGUAACUGGUCAUUAACAUUCAAGUACGUGAUUACCUAUGUUACUAUCUCUGGUCAGUCAUGUACUAGAACGUUUUCCAAAUAUAAUUUUCCCACACCUCUGAAACUGAGUCUAGCUACCAUAAUCUGUUGGCUAGUGGUGUUUGGCAUCUUGUGUAAAUGUUUCCCACCACUUUGCUUUGAGAAACACCCCCACCCUCCUGUUUCUCCCCACAGUAAUCUCUCAAUAGACCAUGGCAUGUGAACGUAACUGGUCACUCAAUCAGGAUGAGAUAUACUCUGAAGAUGAACACAGUAUUGACAGAGAGGCAUGUAUUGAUUGUGAUAUUGUAGGUGAUGAUAAUGAUAGUGACCCAUACUACGUGUUUGAACAAGAGGAAAGCAAUGACGAUGAUGAUGAGUGACAAGUGGAUUAGAGAGGGUUGCUGCCCUCCCCAUCUUCAGGAACAUCCAGUACUCCCUACAUUUCACCUACCCCUACCACUCCCAGUCCCACUGCAUGGUUAUAUCUGCCCUCUUUCCUUCCUCUCUCCUACACUAGCUCCCUCCCUACCAUAGUUCUUCCUCUCUCCCACACUACUUUCUCCCUCCCACAUUGCUCCCUCCCUCCCACACUUUUCCUCCUUCUACACUGCAUAUUGCCAUAGCAUCUAAGUACAAUAUAAGCGAAUAAUAUUAGUAAAAAUGUAAGGAAAAUAAUCUGGCAGGAAUGUUAAAUACCUCUCCCGACCUUGAGUGUGCAGUGUAAUAAAAUAUAUACAUACUGUAUGUUUAUUUCAUAAAUAUUUUUUUUAGUCUCAUUUGCUAUGCUGCUACAUUAAUAAUAUUUUUUAAUUUUUUGUUAAUGUGAAAAAAAAAACCAUGUACUGUAUAUAUACGUGGCUGCAAGACCAACCGGAAGUACUGCGACAGCACUGGGAGCGAGUAGGCUUGGCAAUACUGCACCAUCCUAGGGUUUAAAUGCCACGCAGCUCUUAAACGAGGCGAGUUGUCUUUUUUACUAGUAAUUGUUGUUUUCUUUGGUCAUUUGGGGGUAUAUGGGCCAUAAAACAAAAAUUGGAUUUUUUCCAACUGGGGGGGGGGGAUUACCUUGUAUGUAUAGUAAUGUGACCUUUUACCUGUUAAUUUCUUAAGCUUUAGCCUCACAAAACUCAUUACUAGGAUGUGGUCUGACCCACAAUCUGUCUAUUUGAUUCCUGAAAAUAUUAUUUUCAUUGUCCUUGGGUGAUAUUUGUGCCUAAAGUGUUGUUUAAACCAUGUAUUUGCACUUAUCAUCUUGUUUUCCUUACAGAAGUCAAUUAAUAUUUCUCCACUUUCUUUUUUAUUACCCAACCCAUGUAGGCCUAUUUUUGGUGCUUCUUUCCCUUUCCCAGCUUUUGCAUUAAAAUCACCCAUAAUAAGCAGACACUAAAUUUCAUAGUGUCUUUUGCAUUCUUUAACACAUAAGGCAUCCACCAGUUCUAGUGAUAGUCAUCAGGAAAAAAAAAUAGUUUGUUGUCAAAAGAAAAAAAAGGAAGGUUUUUGUGAUAAAGAUUGCAUAAUUAUGCACUCUAGGCAUUUAAACUUCCUGCUAUGUAUUAUUGUGUAUGUGUGUGUCUUACGGAAUUCCCCAGGCCUCUUGGGGCAAGUGAGCCAAAUAUGAAUGGAAAAUGAUUUUUCUUUGUUUUACAUUCACAAAUAUUUUCUUUCUUUCAUCUCAUUACUAACAUGCUCAUGGAAAACUAUGUAAUACAGUAAGUCCUCGCUUAAUGUCCUGGUUCCGUUCCUGUAAACCUUGACGUUAACGGAAACAACGUUAACGGAAUAAAUUUUCCCCAUAAGAAAUAGAUAAAAUACGGGAGUUACAUUCCCCAGCCUCCCUUUGCCCCAUAAAAUACAUUACAUAUGUAUAUUCAAUGGAUUUUUUCUAGAAAAUAGUAUACUAAAUCAUUUUGUAUUGUACUCACUGAUGGGCAAAGGUGGUGCGAGUGUGAGGUGGGUAGUGGAGAGGAGGAGGAUGGCGAGUCACUGAGACCCGGAGGGUGGCUCUUCCUCCCACUCUGACUGGGUGAGAGAGGGUGAUGUGCCGUACAAAGUAGUCCGUGACGACGUUAUACUGAAUCGGCGGGACGUUGUCCAAAUCAUGGGUAUCUAAAGAGUAGCGAUGUUAUAACGAAACAGCAUUGUCGGGGACAACGUUAAACAAAGACUUACUGUAAAUAAAAAAUGAUAAGUUUUUACCAUUUUAUUUUGUUGUGAAUGUUUUUAUAUACUGUAGAAUAACAAGGACCAUGCGACAGCAACAAUGUGCCUUGAAUGUCUAGCCUGCCUUCCUGAUUAUAAACAAUGUAAUACUUUUGUUUUAAUAAAUUGUAUUUUA